AUGCUCCAACUUUUAUCAAAAAAAUUCAAAGAUGACAUACUUUAUGACUAUCCAAAUAUUCCUUGUGCUUAUUGUUCGAUGCUUAUGCCAAAACUUUCAGUCAAAUGGUUAACAUAUGAUCCAGAAGAAUCAUAUAAAUUGACAGUGGCCUUUCCUGAAAUAUCCCUAUAUGUACGUCUGAACAAUAGAAACAUCACUCAGGUUGCUGUUUGCAAUGGAUGCAAAAAUCCAAGGACUCGUAGAUAUGCACCAUUGUUGAGAAAAAUCCCUGAUGAAAUCAAGAAUGUUCCUAUGGCUCAUCGAAGAUACCUCUCUCCAGUUCACAUGAAUUGUUCAUUGGGGCGUGCUUCUGGAUCAAACUCUUACACAAAUUAUAGGCACUUGGAAG